AUGGGCAAAUCUAAUAAACCAACUAUUUUGUCCCAUUGUUUGGAUGAAGAUAUAGUGAUCAGUGGAAUAAGUGGUCGGUAUCCGGAGGCCGACUCUACCGAUGAGUUCGCUCACAAUCUGUAUAACGGAAUCGAUAUGAUUACCGAAGAUAACCGUCGCUGGCCUACAGAUUUGUUUGGAAUGAACUCUCGAAUGGGAAAAUUAAAAAAUAUCGAUAAAUUUGACGGACUUUUCUUCGGUAUAAUAAAUACAAUGUCGGAUAUUAUUGAUCCGCAAUCGAGAAUGGCUUUGGAGACCACAUACGAAGCUAUAAUAGAUGCCGGAAUAAACCCUCAAACUCUUCGGGGUUCAGACACUGGAGUGUAUAUCGGGUUCUCAUCGUUUGGUAUGCCUGACGGCGCCCCCGAAGACGUACAGCCAGACUCUCAGAGCAAUAUGACUGAAACCCUUAUGUGGUUACCCGGCUCUCAGAAGUGUCUGUACGCUAACAGAGUGUCGUUUGUGUUUGACUUUCACGGCCCGUCAAUGAUCAUCGACACCGCCUGCUCUUCCAGUUUGGUUGCACUCAAUGCUGCCGUCAAUGAUAUGCGAUUGGGAAAGUGUCGUCAAGCAAUUGUUGGCGGAACUCAGAUAUGUCUUCAGCCGUUCUCUAAUCAGAUCUUUCAAUCGACUCGUUUGAAUGCUUUGGACGGCAUUCCCAAAGUAUGGGACGAAAAGGCCGAUGGAUUCGUUAGAGGAGAGACUGUUUGCUGCCUUCUUUUACAGAGCAAAUCAAAUGCAAAGCGUAUUUACGCCACUGUUUUGAAUUCAGGAGUCAAUAUCGAUGGAAAUAAAAGAAUGGGAAUGUUUUACCCCUCGGCCGAGAGUCAGGAAGAAUUGAUGAUCAAAGUGUAUGAAGAGGCAGACGUGGAUCCGUUGGAAGUAAACUAUUUUGAAGCCCACGCCACGGGAACUAAGGUCGGGGAUCAGGUGGAAGCUAAAGCAAUAUACAACGCCUAUUGUGGAAAACCUAAACGAAACGGUACUUUAAAUGUUGGACUCCUUAAGAGUAACAUCGGUCACGCGGAGUGCGCCUCCGGCUUGUCGUCGGUCACCAAAGUAUUGUUAGCCUUUGAGAACGAAAUGCUUCCCAGGAAUUUGCAUCUGAAUAAUAUUAAGGCAAAUAUCAAAGAGUUUUGUCCGCCUCUUAACCCAAUCCUCGCUAAUACCAAAUACACUCCGGGCAUCGCUGGAGUGAACAACUUUGGUGUCGGAGGAGUGAACGCCAAUUGUCUUCUCGAACCUAAUUAUAAGGUUUGCGAUGAGAAUAGUCUUAAGAUUGCCGACACUAUUCCCAGGAUUGUUAACAUCUGUUGUCGAACACAACACGCAUUGAAUACUGUAUUCAAUUUUAUUGAGAGUAAUCCCCAAAAAAUUACUCGAGAUUUUCUGGCCUUAUUGGCAGAAACUAUGAGAAUUGAGCCGUCGGUUAACUCGAGUGGAUUUCCUUAUAGAGGCUCAAUGAUUAUUAAGCAAUUGGCUAAUAAUCAAUAUGAAUAUAAGAAACAGUCGGCAAUGUUUACAAUCAAAACUCAAAGGCCGUUAUACUUCUUGUUUCCCGGUUUGGGCGGACAAUGGGUUGGUAUGGCUAAGGCUUUGAUGCCUAUCAAGAUAUUUGCUGAUAAGAUUGAUGAAUGCCAUGAAAACUCAAUGUCUAAUAUGACGAACAAAUUCUGUGCCACAACUGCUAUAGAGAUAGCAUUAUGUGAUGUCAUCAAUGUCUUGGGCAUUACUCCCGACGGUAUUAUUGGCCACUCCUUUGGCGAAAUAGCAGCCGCUUAUGCCGACGGAUGUCUUAACACACGAGAGGCGAUGUUUGUUACCUAUUAUAGAGGACUUGUGACCGAAAGUGAUAAAAAGAUACCGAAAGGUCUUAUGGCUGUCGCCGGUCUCUCGUGGGCUGAAGCGAAGAGAUUGUGUCCCAAAGGA